GCGGCUGCGGAAGCUAGUCUCCGCCGUCGCCGGAGCCGCAACCUCCCUGCACCCGGCCCGUCCGGGCCUCUGCCGCGCGGAGCCCCUCCCCGUUCAGCUCACAGGCCUCGCGGGAGGCGGCCGCCUCAGCGCCCGGUGCUUUGCUCGGCGCCGGGAGCGAGGAGCAAGCCGCCGCAAAGCGACCAGGCCCGGAGCGGGGACAGAGGCGGCGACCAGUGGAAGGUGAAGCCGCCACUGCGGGAGGAGGAGCAGGAGGAGGUGACGCAGGAGAAACGCACCGCCCGGAGCCCGUCUGCGCUCAGAGAGAGCCCCAGCCCGAGGCGAGAAGGGGGAAGAGGGCCGCCGCCGGCUGAGGAGGAGGAGGAGGCGGCCGCGGCCACCGCUGCUGCAGGGCGGGCGCGGCGAGCAGCGAAUUCCGGCGUCGCUGUGCAGCCCCCUGGUCCCUACGCCUGCAGCCUCUCGACACACUUUGUCGCCCGUCACCCUUGGGCCUGGGAUGCACCCACGGUCGGCCUUGUCCCGGGACUGAGCCUUGCUGCCGCUUCUGUGUGUCCUGCUUCUGAAGAGAAGACGCCUGUGUCGUGCGGUUAUGCAAUGGUCUCUGCAAGAUGGUUUAUUCUUGAAUUGGAGCUUUUUAAGACUGACAAAUGCUGGUACUUCAUCUUCUAUAAGUGGACUAUAAUUUCUUUUUUCAAGACAACUACAUAAGCAGACAAAAUUGCAAAGAUCUGCCCUGUGUCGAGUAUGACAGCCACGACUCGUGGCUCUCCAGUGGGAGGGAAUGACAGCCAGGGCCAGGCUCCUGAUGGACAGUCUCAGCCCCCCCUCCAACAGAAUCAGACUUCAUCACCUGAUUCUUCCAAUGAAAAUUCCCCGGCAACUCCCCCAGAUGAACAAGGUCAAGUUGAUGCCCCACCACAGCUUGAAGAUGAGGAACCUGCAUUUCCACAUACUGACCUGGCAAAGUUGGAUGACAUGAUCAAUAGGCCUCGAUGGGUGGUUCCAGUUUUGCCGAAAGGGGAAUUAGAAGUGCUUUUAGAAGCUGCUAUUGAUCUUAGUAAAAAAGGCCUUGAUGUUAAAAGUGAAGCAUGUCAGCGAUUUUUUCGCGAUGGGCUAACAAUAUCUUUCACUAAAAUCCUUACAGACGAGGCAGUGAGUGGCUGGAAGUUUGAAAUUCAUAGGUGUAUUAUCAACAAUACUCAUCGCCUGGUGGAGCUAUGUGUGGCCAAGUUGUCCCAAGACUGGUUUCCACUUCUAGAACUUCUCUCCAUGGCCUUAAAUCCUCAUUGCAAAUUCCAUAUCUACAAUGGUACACGUCCAUGUGAAUCCGUUUCCUCAAAUGUUCAGUUGCCUGAAGAUGAACUCUUUGCUCGUUCUCCAGACCCUCGAUCACCAAAAGGUUGGCUCGUGGAUCUUCUCAACAAAUUCGGCACUUUAAAUGGGUUUCAGAUUUUGCAUGAUCGUUUUAUUAAUGGAUCAGCAUUAAAUGUUCAAAUAAUUGCAGCCCUUAUUAAACCAUUUGGACAAUGCUAUGAGUUUCUCACUCUUCAUACGGUGAAAAAGUACUUCCUUCCAGUAAUAGAAAUGGUUCCACAGUUUUUAGAAAACUUAACUGAUGAAGAACUGAAAAAAGAAGCAAAGAAUGAAGCCAAAAAUGAUGCUCUUUCAAUGAUUAUUAAAUCUUUGAAAAAUUUAGCUUCAAGGGUUCCAGGACAAGAAGAAACUGUUAAAAAUUUAGAAAUAUUUAGGUUAAAAAUGAUACUUAGAUUAUUGCAGAUUUCUUCUUUUAAUGGAAAGAUGAAUGCACUUAAUGAAGUUAAUAAGGUGAUAUCUAGUGUAUCAUACUACACUCAUCGGCAUGGUAACCCUGAGGAGGAAGAAUGGCUCACAGCUGAACGAAUGGCAGAGUGGAUACAGCAGAACAAUAUUUUAUCCAUAGUCUUGCGAGAUAGUCUUCAUCAACCACAGUAUGUAGAAAAGCUAGAGAAGAUUCUUCGUUUUGUCAUCAAAGAAAAGGCCCUGACCUUACAAGAUCUUGAUAAUAUCUGGGCAGCGCAGGCGGGGAAGCAUGAAGCCAUUGUGAAGAAUGUACAUGAUCUACUGGCAAAGUUGGCAUGGGAUUUUUCUCCUGAGCAACUUGAUCAUCUUUUUGAUUGCUUUAAGGCCAGUUGGACAAAUGCAAGUAAAAAGCAGCGAGAAAAGCUACUUGAGCUGAUACGUCGUCUUGCAGAAGAUGAUAAAGAUGGUGUGAUGGCACACAAAGUGUUGAACCUCCUGUGGAAUCUGGCCCAUAGUGAUGAUGUGCCUGUAGACAUCAUGGACCUGGCUCUCAGUGCCCACAUAAAAAUACUAGAUUAUAGCUGCUCCCAGGACCGUGACACACAGAAGAUCCAGUGGAUAGAUCGCUUUAUAGAAGAACUUCGUACAAAUGACAAAUGGGUAAUUCCUGCACUGAAACAAAUAAGAGAAAUUUGUAGUUUGUUUGGCGAAGCACCUCAAAAUUUGAGUUCUUCUCGUUUCAGUCAAACUCAGCGAAGUCCCCAUGUAUUCUAUCGCCAUGACUUAAUCAAUCAACUUCAGCACAAUCAUGCCCUAGUUACUUUGGUAGCAGAAAACCUUGCAACUUAUAUGGAAAGCAUGAGACUAUAUGCUAGAGACCAUGAAGACUAUGACCCACAAACUGUGAGGCUGGGAAGUAGAUAUAGUCAUGUUCAAGAAGUCCAAGAACGGCUUAACUUCCUUAGAUUUUUAUUGAAGGAUGGCCAAUUGUGGCUCUGCGCUCCUCAGGCAAAACAAAUAUGGAAAUGCUUAGCAGAGAACGCAGUUUACCUUUGUGAUCGUGAAGCCUGUUUUAAGUGGUAUUCCAAGUUGAUGGGUGAUGAACCAGACUUGGAUCCUGAUAUUAAUAAGGACUUCUUUGAAAGCAAUGUACUUCAGCUUGAUCCUUCUCUACUGACUGAAAAUGGAAUGAAAUGUUUUGAGCGAUUCUUCAAAGCUGUGAAUUGUCGAGAAGGAAAACUAGUAGCAAAAAGGAGAGCAUAUAUGAUGGAUGAUUUGGAAUUAAUAGGAUUAGACUACCUUUGGAGGGUGGUGAUUCAGAGUAAUGAUGAUAUUGCCAGCAGAGCUAUAGAUCUCCUUAAAGAGAUAUACACGAACCUUGGUCCAAGGCUACAGGUCAAUCAGGUGGUAAUCCAUGAAGACUUCAUUCAGUCUUGCUUUGAUCGCUUGAAAGCCUCCUAUGACACACUGUGUGUUUUGGAUGGUGACAAAGACAGUAUUAAUUGUGCAAGACAGGAAGCUGUUCGAAUGGUUCGAGUAUUAACUGUGUUACGGGAGUAUAUAAAUGAAUGUGACAGUGAUUAUCAUGAGGAAAGAACAAUUCUACCUAUGUCAAGAGCUUUCCGUGGUAAACACCUUUCUUUUAUAGUUCGAUUUCCAAACCAGGGCAGACAGGUUGAUGACUUGGACGUAUGGUCUCAUACAAAUGAUACAAUCGGUUCAGUACGACGAUGUAUUCUCAAUCGUAUCAAAGCCAAUGUAGCUCAUACAAAAAUUGAGCUCUUUGUAGGUGGUGAACUGAUAGAUCCUGCAGAUGAUAGAAAGUUGAUUGGACAGUUAAACUUAAAGGAUAAAUCGCUAAUUACAGCCAAACUUACACAAAUAAGUUCCAAUAUGCCUUCAAGCCCUGAUAGUUCUUCUGAUUCCUCAACUGGAUCUCCUGGAAACCAUGGUAAUCAUUACAGUGAUGGUCCCAAUCCAGAAGUGGAAAGCUGUUUGCCCGGGGUGAUAAUGUCACUGCAUCCCAGAUACAUCUCUUUCCUUUGGCAAGUUGCAGACUUGGGUAGCAGCCUAAAUAUGCCACCUCUUAGAGAUGGAGCAAGAGUACUUAUGAAACUUAUGCCACCAGAUAGCACAACAAUAGAAAAAUUAAGAGCUAUUUGUUUAGACCACGCCAAACUUGGAGAAAGCAGCCUUAGUCCAUCUCUUGACUCGCUUUUCUUUGGUCCUUCAGCCUCGCAAGUGCUGUACCUAACAGAGGUAGUCUAUGCCUUGUUAAUGCCUGCUGGUGCACCUCUGGCUGAUGAUUCCUCUGAUUUUCAAUUUCACUUCUUGAAAAGUGGUGGCCUACCCCUUGUCCUGAGUAUGCUAACCAGAAAUAACUUCCUACCAAAUGCAGAUAUGGAAACUCGAAGGGGUGCCUACCUCAAUGCUCUUAAAAUAGCCAAGCUGUUGCUAACUGCCAUUGGCUAUGGCCACGUACGAGCUGUGGCGGAAGCUUGUCAGCCAGGUGUGGAAGGCGUGAAUCCCAUGGCGUCGGUCAACCAAGUUACUCAUGAUCAAGCAGUGGUGCUACAAAGUGCCCUUCAGAGCAUUCCUAAUCCGUCAUCUGAAUGCAUGCUUAGAAAUGUGUCAAUUCGUCUUGCUCAGCAAAUAUCUGAUGAGGCUUCAAGAUAUAUGCCUGAUAUUUGUGUAAUUAGAGCUAUACAAAAAAUUAUCUGGGCAUCAGGAUGUGGGGCAUUACAGCUAGUAUUUAGCCCAAAUGAAGAAAUCACUAAAAUUUAUGAGAAGACCAAUGCAGGCAGUGAGCCAGAUUUGGAAGAUGAACAGGUUUGCUGUGAAGCAUUGGAGGUGAUGACGUUAUGUUUUGCCUUGAUUCCGACAGCCUUAGAUACUCUUAGUAAAGAAAAGGCUUGGCAGACAUUCAUUAUUGAUUUACUGUUGCACUGUCACAGCAAAACUGUUCGCCAGGUGGCACAGGAGCAGUUCUUUUUAAUGUGCACCAGAUGUUGCAUGGGACACAGGCCUUUACUCUUCUUCAUUACUCUGCUCUUCACCGUUUUGGGGAGCACAGCCAGAGAGAGAGCUAAACAUUCAGGCGACUACUUUAUUCUUUUAAGGCACCUUCUUAAUUAUGCUUACAAUAGUAAUAUUAAUAUACCCAAUGCUGAAGUUCUUCUCAAUAAUGAAAUUGAUUGGCUUAAAAGAAUUAGGGAUGAUGUUAAAAGAACAGGUGAAACGGGUGUUGAAGAGACAAUCUUGGAAGGCCACCUUGGAGUAACAAAAGAGUUACUGGCCUUUCAAACCCCUGAGAAAAAAUAUCAUAUUGGUUGUGAAAAAGGAGGUGCUAAUCUCAUUAAGGAAUUAAUUGAUGAUUUCAUCUUCCCUGCAUCCAAUGUUUACCUACGGUAUAUGAGAAAUGGAGAACUGCCAGCUGAACAGGCUAUUCCAGUCUGUAGUUCACCAGCUACCAUUAAUGCAGGCUUUGAGUUACUUGUAGCAUUAGCUGUUGGCUGUGUGAGGAACCUCAAACAGAUAGUAGAUUCUUUGACUGAAAUGUAUUACAUUGGCACAGCAAUAACUACUUGUGAAGCACUUACUGAGUGGGAAUAUCUGCCACCUGUUGGACCCCGCCCACCAAAAGGAUUUGUGGGGCUGAAAAACGCUGGGGCUACUUGUUAUAUGAAUUCUGUGAUUCAGCAACUCUACAUGAUUCCGUCCAUUAGGAAUGGUAUUCUCGCAAUUGAAGGCACAGGUAGCGAUGUAGAUGAUGAUAUGUCUGGGGAUGAGAAGCAGGACAACGAGAGCAAUGUUGAUCCCAGAGAUGAUGUAUUUGGAUACCCUCAACAGUUUGAAGAGAAACCAGCAUUAAGUAAAACAGAAGAUAGGAAAGAGUACAAUAUUGGUGUUCUAAGACACCUUCAAGUCAUCUUUGGUCAUUUAGCUGCUUCUCGACUACAGUACUAUGUGCCCAGAGGAUUUUGGAAACAGUUCAGGCUUUGGGGUGAGCCUGUUAAUCUUCGUGAACAACAUGAUGCUUUAGAAUUUUUUAAUUCAUUGGUGGAUAGUUUAGAUGAAGCUUUGAAAGCCUUAGGACACCCAGCUAUGCUAAGUAAAGUUUUAGGAGGUUCCUUUGCUGAUCAGAAGAUUUGCCAAGGCUGCCCACAUAGAUACGAGUGUGAAGAAUCUUUUACGACUUUGAAUGUAGACAUUAGAAAUCACCAAAAUCUUCUUGAUUCUUUGGAACAAUAUGUCAAAGGAGAUUUAUUAGAAGGUGCAAAUGCUUAUCAUUGUGAAAAAUGCAAUAAAAAGGUUGAUACUGUAAAGCGCUUGCUUAUUAAAAAAUUACCUCCUGUUCUCGCUAUCCAACUAAAACGAUUCGACUAUGACUGGGAAAGAGAAUGUGCAAUCAAGUUUAAUGAUUAUUUUGAAUUUCCUCGCGAACUGGACAUGGAACCUUACACAGUUGCCGGUGUUGCAAAGCUGGAAGGAGAUAACGUAAACCCAGAGAGUCAGUUGAUACAACAGAAUGAGCAGUCUGACAGUGAGCCAGCAGGAAGCACGAAAUACAGACUUGUGGGGGUGCUUGUACACAGUGGUCAGGCGAGCGGGGGACAUUACUACUCUUACAUCAUUCAAAGGAACGGAGGAGAUGGCGAGAGAAAUCGCUGGUAUAAAUUUGAUGAUGGAGAUGUAACUGAAUGUAAAAUGGAUGACGAUGAAGAAAUGAAAAACCAGUGUUUUGGUGGAGAGUACAUGGGAGAAGUAUUUGAUCACAUGAUGAAGCGCAUGUCAUACAGGCGCCAGAAAAGGUGGUGGAAUGCUUAUAUACUUUUUUAUGAACGAUUGGACACAAUAGACCAAGGUGAUGAGUUGAUAAGGUAUAUAUCAGAGCUUGCUAUCACCACAAGACCGCAUCAGAUUAUUAUGCCAUCAGCCAUUGAGAGAAGUGUGCGGAAACAGAAUGUGCAGUUCAUGCAUAACCGAAUGCAGUACAGUAUGGAAUAUUUUCAGUUUAUGAAAAAACUGCUUACAUGUAAUGGUGUUUACUUAAAUCCUCCUCCAGGGCAAGAUCACCUGUUGCCUGAAGCAGAAGAAAUCACUAUGAUUAGUAUUCAGCUUGCUGCUAGGUUCCUCUUUACCACAGGAUUUCACACCAAGAAAGUAGUCCGUGGCUCUGCCAGUGAUUGGUAUGAUGCAUUAUGUAUUCUCCUUCGUCACAGCAAGAAUGUACGUUUUUGGUUUGCUCACAAUGUCCUUUUUAAUGUUUCAAAUCGCUUCUCUGAAUACCUUCUGGAGUGCCCUAGUGCAGAAGUGAGAGGUGCAUUUGCAAAACUUAUAGUUUUUAUUGCACAUUUUUCCUUGCAAGAUGGGCCAUGUCCUUCACCUUUUGCAUCUCCAGGACCUUCUAGUCAGGCUUAUGACAACUUAAGCCUGAGUGAUCACUUACUAAGAGCAGUACUAAAUCUACUGAGAAGAGAAGUUUCAGAGCAUGGGCGUCAUUUACAGCAAUAUUUCAACCUGUUUGUAAUGUAUGCCAAUUUAGGUGUGGCGGAGAAGACACAGCUUCUGAAAUUGAGUGUACCUGCUACCUUUAUGCUUGUGUCUUUAGAUGAAGGUCCAGGUCCUCCAAUCAAGUAUCAGUAUGCUGAAUUAGGCAAAUUAUACUCAGUAGUGUCACAGCUAAUCCGAUGCUGCAAUGUCUCAUCAAGAAUGCAGUCUUCAAUCAACGGUAAUCCUCCUCUUCCCAAUCCUUUUGGUGAUCCUAAUUUAUCACAACCUAUAAUGCCAAUUCAGCAGAAUGUGGCAGACAUUUUAUUUGUGAGGACAAGUUAUGUGAAGAAAAUCAUUGAGGACUGCAGUAACUCAGAGGAAACCGUCAAAUUGCUUCGUUUUUGCUGCUGGGAGAAUCCUCAGUUCUCAUCUACUGUCCUCAGUGAACUUCUCUGGCAGGUUGCAUAUUCCUAUACUUAUGAACUCCGGCCCUAUUUGGAUCUGCUUUUGCAAAUCUUACUGAUUGAGGACUCCUGGCAGACUCACAGAAUUCAUAAUGCACUUAAAGGAAUCCCAGAUGACCGAGAUGGGCUCUUUGACACAAUCCAGCGCUCUAAGAAUCACUAUCAAAAAAGAGCAUACCAGUGUAUAAAAUGUAUGGUAGCUCUCUUUAGCAACUGUCCUGUUGCUUACCAGAUUCUGCAGGGCAAUGGAGAUCUUAAAAGAAAGUGGACCUGGGCAGUGGAAUGGCUUGGAGAUGAACUUGAAAGACGACCAUACACUGGCAAUCCUCAAUACACUUACAACAAUUGGUCUCCUCCGGUGCAAAGCAAUGAAACAUCAAAUGGUUAUUUCUUGGAGAGAUCACAUAGUGCUAGGAUGACACUUGCAAAAGCUUGUGAACUCUGUCCAGAGGAGGAGCCAGAUGACCAAGAUGCCCCAGAUGAGCAUGAGUCGCCUCCACCUGAAGAUGCCCCAUUAUACCCCCAUUCACCUGGAUCUCAGUAUCAGCAGAAUAACCAUGUGCAUGGACAGCCGUAUACAGGCCCAGCAGCACAUCACAUGAACAACCCUCAGAGAACUGGCCAACGAGCACAAGAAAAUUAUGAAGGCAGUGAAGAAGUAUCCCCACCUCAGACGAAGGAUCAGUGAAAUGCACAUGAUUAACUGGUUCCAUCAAGACUGUGCACCCAGGCCUUACAGUCCAACCUUUUUCUGUGUCUGGCUAAUAUUUAAAACUAGAAAAACUAUUCCUAAUCAACAUGGAGUGGAAAGUUUAUUCACUGUCUUACCUGCAGAAAUUUGCUGUCAAUAUAUAACCCGCCUGCAGUGGAAAGUGUAUAGUGUUUUGUAAUAAAUGGCCUGAUGCUAAUGUGUAAAUGGCAAAGGUGUAUAUAGUAUAUUAAUGUUUGACUGUUAAUUCUUAAGCAAGAAACUUUUUUCUUGAUGAGACUCACAGAUCUACAAAACCUACAAAAGUUAUUUCCUUGUUAUACCCAUUGCACUCUGCAACCAGUGUUGCCUGCCUUAACGGCAGUUGGAUCAACUCCUUUACAAAAACAAAAUAAACCAACAGCAACAAACCAGAGCCCAUCCAUUUCAACCACACCAAUAGUUUCAUGUUAAUUCUUUGCCACUGGAGUCAGUUUUAUUAUGAGCAGUGAAAGGCUGGUAACCUUUAAAUUACUUGGUUGAUGUGGAAAAUUUGGUGAUGUAACAUUGUUUCUAGAUCUUUUUCAUUGCCUUUUUAUUCUGAGGUUAGGUUAAUCACUUUGAAGCUAUAGUUACGCUGUAACAUGUAGCAUGGCUUCACACCAGGUUAGUGUAGCCAAUGAGGAAAAAAUUACCAUAAUGACAGCAGUUGUCCCAGUGUGACAGCUGUAUUGCUCAGAGCUUUUCCGUCUUACACCUAGAAUAUAAAAUAUAGAACAAGGAGAGAAAUGUGAUAAACAGGUGGUUUUCAGUUACACAUAUGUUGCUUACAUCUAAUGUUUGACAGUUCAACCUCUGGGUGGGAUAAGGAAACUUAAGUAUCAGUAAUGGGAAUUUUAAAAGAUUUAAAACAAAUAUGCAAAAAUUUGCUAUGCCAGGAUGCUUGGAGCAUAAUAGAAGACUGUAUUUGGUGUGCUUGUUCUGUUUCUUUGGUAGAGCUUAUUAGGAGAACCUUUUAAAACUUUCCUUCUGCUGGAUCCCAGUGAAGUGGAAGUCAGAAUCCUACAAUAUUUGGAGUACCACUGCACCAAGAUGUCUGGCUGAGCUUCUGCUCAGUCACAGUUUUACUUGAAAGCAAGAAUUGUCCUAGCUCCUUUUCCAUUAUUCCAAAAAUUUUAACAUUUGAAGCAGGGUGUAAUUAAAAAGGAAACUGGUUAGUUAAUAUAAUUGAGGUAUAAUUUCAGAAUAAGCAUUUAAUUAAAGAUAAGGAACUCAUCAGUUAAUAGAGCAUUGGUAACUUGAAUGUGUGUAAUUUUUUGGAACCUGUCUAAAAACCAAAUACCCCUGCAAACAGAUACAGUCCACCCUAUUCUAUUUAAAUAUUUUGCUGUUUUAUUUUAUAGAAAUUAUUUUGCUGAAUUCACAAAUAGAAUUUGAUUUAAGAAUAACUUUUUGUCCUGUGGUGUGUUUUGGUUUUUUGGUUAAUUUUUUGUCUUUUUUUUGUUUGUUUUUUAAGGACUGCAUAUUAAAAAUAAUUCUGUGCAUAGCAUGCCUAGGCAUGACACUGAAUUCAGGAGUUCAGUCACAUUGAAUUUUUGUGCACAGAAAGAUUUGACCUUUGGCCCUUUACUGAAAGACUUAGAGAAAAACAGGAUUGUUGACACUGUAAAAGUUUCCUAACAUAAUCAAUCUUGUACUUUUUGUAUGUUUUUUAUAUACAUGUAUAUUUAAUGAGCACAAGCUUGGUUGUAUUUUUUACAAUUCAGUUAAUAGGCAAAUGUUUUGUCAAAAAGGCUAUAGUUGGAAUUGAACAAAGCAGAAACAAAAUUGAGAAUUGUGUUAUUUUGUGAUUAAAAGGGGCAGGUAUUUAAGAUAAAGCUUUGGAUAUCUUAUUUGCAGUACUCUGUAGUCAAUCUGUGCUUCUAGGUUUUCUGUAAUAUUAGGAAAUUUUGACACCGGAUAGAUCCUGUUUUUACCUUAAGUAUAUUACAUCUGAGUUUGUUAAGUGUGAGCCAGAGUCAUACACACUGUGUGCAGUUCCAGUUGGUAAUUUUAAUUUAGAAGUUCCUCAAUUCCAAGCCUCCUUAACAAUGAGCAGAAUAGGCUAAAUUUAUUUGGACAAGUUGCUAUCAUUAAAUAUUACCAUCUAACCAUCUGAGAUGAUUUUUGUGUUUCCUGGUCCUUAACAAAAGUAUGUAAUAUACUUAAUUUUAAAAUGAAUGGCUUCCUAGACAUGAAAAACCUGACAUUUUAAAAGGCUGUGAAUUUUUCUCCUUGGAGGGAGAUCCCACUUUCCGUUGCUUUGAAUUUACAAGUCCCCUAGUGCCAGGUGAGGGCUUGUGAAUCCUUUCCCCCUCCAUUUGAGGAAGAAUGGUCUGUGUUGUGACCAGGAUCUAGGAGAGGUGAAUGGAGAGUGUUAUUUUUGUUUGUUUGUGCAAAUUAUUUUCUAUAUUUAACUCUUAAGCAAGCAUUAAUGUAUAACUGAAAAUUUUAAGAUGCAUGUUAUUGUAAGAGCAACAUAGUGGUGGAUUUUGAGGUCUUUUUCUGAACAUAAAUGGCACAUUUUAAACUUCCAAGUCUUCAAAGUGCCUAAAGAUUAUUUAAUUCUCCCUCAGCUGAUUUCUUGAGCCAUAUAUAUAUUUCCUACUUUACAUGUUUGUUGCGGAAUCACUAGUCUUCCUUUCAAAGAAGUACCCCCGGAAUUCUAAAUGGCAUGAUUACUUUAUAGAAGACAGUAGAAUCUGUUAAAAAGACUGAAGAUAUUUUCAUUGUUAAUCUGUGUGAACAAGGGCUUUGCCCUAUUGGAUCUAAGUAUUUCAGUGCACAACUUGGUAAGAACCAUAUUGCUGCUGUUUCUAAGCCCUCCACCAACCAAAUUUUCAUGUUCAGCAUUGUAGAGGCAGAAAUAAGAACAUAAUCAUAUUUGGGGUUUUUGUCUUGGUUCAUUUUUCUCUCAAUGAUAAUUUCCCAACCUUGUCUCUUUUAGCUGUUAUAUGUACAAAUUUAGAAUUAAAAUGUUUUAUAUUUUUUUCAUGAUUAACUUUUAUUAGUGAAUGAUAACAACUUAAGUAUUUAAUCCUAGUAGUGGGUUAAAAAGAUGAGGAGCCUUUUUUAUUUGAAUUACAUUUGUAAAUGAAAGCAAGUCUGUGAAUACUCAGAUGACUACUCCAAAAUAGUUCCUUUCCGUUUUUUCUUAGUAUUUUUCCAGCUUAUGUUUUCCCGUGAACUCUUACUUUGCUGAAUUUUGUGGUUACUUUGGUGGAUAUAUCCUGCCUUAUUUAGAAUUAUAACUGGAUUUUUUUUUUUAAUUGCCUUUUCAUAAGUGCCCAAUUUUGGUCUCUAGUUUGAAGGUACUACAUACUGCCGAGAAAGUAAAACACCCCUCCCCUCCCCCCAGUUCUUGUGUUACUGAGAAAAACCAUUCAGUACUGGUUUCCUAGCAGGGCUCAACCAAAAUUGGUCCUGCGCCUAUGUGAGUGUUUAGUGUUUGAAAAUAAGGUUUUGGGUGUGGUAAAUCACUACAGAAGUGCUAAAUGUAUUAAGAACUUGCUGCCGAUUGUAUUUACGAUUAUUUUAGAUUAUUUUACAUUUGCAGAAAUGUAGCCCUUUUCCUCCGAAUUUAUAGGUGUAAGAAAAAAAGGGGGAAAGGUGCACCAUGUUUUAAACUUGCAAAUGAGUGAAAAUUUUUUUUCAUUUUGAAAUCCAGAUUCCCAAGAGGAAAUUUCACCACCCAGAUCACAUACUUCUCAGCCUUUUACAAGCCAACAGACUGACUGAAGAUUGUCCACAGUUCCUAAGAUUUAGCACAUAUACAAAAAUAAAACUUUAUAAAUUAAAUUUCGGUUUCCCCUUUUAUUUAUUAAAAUAAGAUUUCUAAACGGAAAGUAGAGGUGUAAUCGAUUUAAAGGGAACUUUAAAGGGGAAAUGUUUACAAGUAGAGGAAUUCAGCCCUUAUUUUCUAUAUUCACAUCUAAGCCUUUCAGAAAUGGGAUUGUGAUCUAAUUGCUGGCUUAACUGUUCAUUCUAAGACCAAGAUUUGUCAAACACUUUGGUGUUUCAAAGUUCAUUAAAAUCAGAAAUAAAGCAGGUCACGUAUUUGA